AUGUCUAGUGAACUUGUUUUUAGAAAGUCUUCUGAUCAACAAGAUCAAUCUUAUAAUCUUGCUGGUCAAUAUUCAGUACCCAAAGAAAUAAAAGAUGGUUUAGAAAUUGAAGAGAUUGAUCCACUUAAAGAUAAACAACAGAGACUUUCUAAGUUUGAGCGGGAGAGCUCUUAUCAUAAACAAAGAUAUCAAAGAGAGUUAUCACCAGAACGUGAUCCAAACAUCAAUGAUGAAGAGUUAUUAAAGAUAAGAGAACAAGAAAGAAAUGAACAAACAAAUUCAAUAGUCUUGAAACAAAAUGAAGACACACAUGAGGAUGAUGGAAGCAAAACACCUCCUCAUAGCUCGGAUUCUACUAAAAUUGUGGAAAUUAAUCAAGAGUCUUCUAAGGUGUAUGAAAUUCCUAAAGAGAAUAAGGUGUCAGUAAGGGCAAUGAACAAAUCUCUAAUUACUGAAGUACCGGGUGUCAAAGAUUUACAAUUCUUUAAGGAGCAGGAUGAAGUUUAUUUUGGUAAGUUAUUAGAUGGUAAAACAGAAACGGAGCUUUCUCUUGAUGAGUUGAAAGAACGAAAAAUUAUGAGGCUUCUAUUAAAAGUGAAAAAUGGAACACCACCAGUACGAAAGGUAGCAUUAAGACAGAUAACUGAUAAUGCAAGGUCGUUUGGUGCUAAAGCCCUUUUCAACCAAAUAUUACCACUUUUACUAGAAAAAACUUUAGAUGAUCAAGAGAGACACUUGCUUGUAAAAGUCGUUGAUAGAAUACUUUACAAACUUGAUGAUAUGAUUCGUCCAUAUACGCAUAAAAUAUUGAUGGUGAUUUCUCCUUUACUUAUUGAUGAAGAAUACAUUACAAGGACUGAAGGUAAAGAGAUAAUUUCGAACCUUUCAAAAGCAGCUGGACUUUCCCACAUGAUAUCAACUAUGCGACCUGAUAUUGAUCAUAGUGAUGAGUACAUUAGAAACAUAACUUCAAGGUCGUUGGCCGUUGUUGCUGGAGCUUUAGGAAUACCAGCUAUGAUUCCCUUUUUGAAAGCAGUUUGUCAUUCAAAAAAAUCAUGGCAAGCAAGGCAUACUGGUAUGAGAACAAUCCAACAAAUAGCUAAUAUAUCAGGAUGUGGUGUUCUUCCGCACUUGAAUGGUCUAGUACAAUGUGUUUCCAAAGGGUUGAGUGACGAACAGCUUUCGGUUAGAACAACUUCUGCUAAUGCUCUAUCUGCUUUGGCCCAAGCUUCAGCUACUUAUGGUAUUGAAUCCUUCGAGACAAUAUUAGAGCCUUUAUGGAACGGUAUCAAAAGACACAGAGGAAGAAGCUUAUCAGCUUUUCUAAAAUGUAUUGGAUUUAUAAUUCCUCUGAUGGAUCCUGAGUAUGCUAGUUAUUACACUAAGGAAAUAAUGUUUAUUUUAAUACGUGAGUUCAAGUCUCCAGAUGACGAAAUGAGAAAAGUGGUAUUGAAAGUUAUUCAACAAUGCGCAUCCACAGACGGUGUUCAGCCAAAUUAUUUGAAGAGAAGUGUGUUACCAUCAUUUUUCGAUAAUUUUUGGGUUAGAAGGAUGGCACUGGAUCGCCAAUCAUACAGACUUGUUGUUGAAACUUCUGCUGUUCUUUCUGAAAAGGUGGGGGCCAGUGAAAUCGUCGAAAGGCUUUUGGUAGCAUUGAAAGACGAAUCUGAACCUUUCAGAAAAAUGGCAGUGGAAACUAUAUACAAAAUUGUUUUGAACCUAGGAUCAAUAGGUUUUUCGGAGAGAACUGAGUCUUUAUUGAUAGAUGGUUUACUGGUGGCAUUUCAGGAACAAAGUGGUAAUGAUUCCAUGAUAUUAAUAGGAUUUUCCACCGUUGUUAAUUCUUUGGGAUUGAGAUGUCAACCUUUCAUAGGUCCCAUAGUUACAACAAUACUCCAUAGGCUUAAAAACAAAUCUGCAGAGAUACGUCAACAGGCAUCUGAUUUUAUUGCACAAAUAGCACCUGUUAUCAUGACAUGUGGAGAAGAGGACAUUUUGAAUAAAUUAUCUGUGAUCUUAUUUGAAUCUCUAGGUGAGGUUUACCCUGAGGUUUUGGGAUCACUGUUGGGUGCCUUAAAAAACAUUGCAACAGUUGUGGGUAUAUCAUCAAUGCAACCACCUGUUAAUCAAAUACUUCCGUCGCUAACUCCAAUUUUAAGAAACAGACACGAAAAGGUCCAAGAAAAUGCUAUAGAUUUGGUCGGUAGGAUUGCUGAUAGAGGUGCCGAUUAUGUUUCUCCGAAAGAAUGGAUGAGAAUUUGUUUUGAGCUAUUAGAUAUGUUGAAAAGCACUAAAAAAGGAAUAAGAAGGGCUGCCAAUAAUACAUUCGGGUAUAUAGCUAAAGCUGUUGGCCCACAGGAGGUUCUUGUGACAUUGUUGAAUAAUUUGAGAGUUCAAGAGCGUCAACUUAGGGUAUGUACAGCUGUUGCUAUUGGUAUAGUUGCUGAAACAUGCUCACCCUUUACUGUUUUACCAGCACUAAUGAACGAAUACCGAACACCAGAAGUUAAUGUUCAAAAUGGUGUAUUGAAAGCAAUGACUUUCAUGUUUGAAUACAUUGGGAGUAUUUCUAAUGAUUACAUUUACUCUAUAACUCCCCUGCUAGAAGAUGCUUUAACAGAUAGGGAUCAGGUUCAUAGACAGACAGCUGCAAGCGUUGUUAGACAUAUCGCACUUGGAUGUAUCGGUCUAGGUAGAGAGGAUGCAUUCAUUCAUUUCUUAAAUUUGUUGAUUCCCAACAUCUUUGAAACCUCUCCUCACGUCAUAAACAGAAUAUUGGACGGGAUAGAAGGUGUACGAAAUGCUGUUGGUCCUGGUCUUGUUUUAAAUUACACUUGGAAUGGAUUAUUUCACCCAGCAAGGAAAGUGAGAAAGCCUUAUUGGAAAAUAUAUAACAGUGCUUAUGUUCAAAACUUGGAUUCAUUGGUUCCUUACUACCCACUUAUAGAACAAGAAGACUACAAGAUUGAUAUAUUUGAGUAUGUGCUAUAA